GUGAACGCUACAGGCAACAUUGCCCUUUUAAAUAGGCACACGGAAAGCCCAAAAAUGCAGUUUUUGAAAGCAAUAAUUUUGUUACUUUUUGCACUGACAGCGGUUAAUUGUCUUAGUUUCACUGUAACUUCAAGACUUUAUAUGGAUAUAAAGCAUAAAAAAAAACCAUUGGGUCGUAUAGUGUUCGGAUUAUUUGGUAAAGCUGCUCCGAAGGCAGUGACGAAUUUUCGGCAUAUAUGCUUACGUGGCAUAAAUGGCACCACAUACGUUGGUUCGAAAUUUCAUCGUGUCAUCGAAAGAUUCAUAAUACAAGGUGGUGAUAUUAUUAAUGGCGAUGGAACUGGUAGUAUAAGUAUUUACGGUGAUUUCUUUGAGGAUGAAGCGUUACACAUCGAACACAAUCGUCCUGGUUACUUAGGGAUGGCAAAUCGUGGACCCGAUACAAAUGGUUGUCAGUUUUAUAUUAAUUCAGUUUCUGCAAAAUGGUUGGAUGGUAAACAUACUAUAUUCGGUAAAGUGUUGGAGGGUAUGGAUACAAUAUACGCUAUUGAAGACGUUAAGACCGAUACUGAUGAUAUACCUCUACAGCCAGUAAUAAUAUCGAAUUGUGGUGAAAUUCCAACCGAACCAUUUGAAUUUUAUCCAGACGAUUUUAACAUUUUGAACUGGUUGAAGGCAGCUGGUUUCCCGGUCGCCAGUUCCUUCAUCAUAUUAUUCAUAUUUCACUACUUCUACAGACAAUUAAAUAUGUACUGCUGAUUGUUUUGAUGGCUCAAAUAUAUUAAAAAUAAGAUUAAUAAAACAUUGUUUAAAAAAA